AACACCUUUUGCUACAAAUUAUUGUCGAGCCUCAGCUGUAUCUGUGCGCGCAAAUUACGCAGUGGCUCAAACUGCAAUAGGCGAAUAGGCUACCUCGAUCCUUCCAACUGAAGCCCACCGUGGGGUGGGGGGGCUGAACAAUGGGGUUUGCAUCGCCUACCUGUAGCCUUAACUUGGGAGCACCGGAGAGCGUUUUAAGAAUGGGAAGAGCAUUCCCCUUUAAACAAGGUGGGCUGAGCUUAUUUGCAGUUCUCGCUCCUAUGGCAACCCAAUAGAUCAGCAUCAUCAUGAAUAUUCACAAUUCGCCAAAACGCACCAUGACUAUGGAUCAGUGAUGUCAGCGGUCCCUGGCAUGCUCUACUGUAUUUUUGCAUGGCUGUGUCGCGUUGUUUGACGGCUGCUGGCAAAGACAUCUGGUGAAAAGCGCAUCCUUCGUCGUGCAUGACCUUUCCCUCGUCUCCGUAUCACGGUCCGUCGGCACGUCCCUCACAUGUCACGCUAAGGUGACUUUCAAGCAGUUUUUUCCACUUUUGCGCACAAUGUCGGAGCGGCACAAAGAUGCUCAUCGGGGACGCAGUGGCCAAGCGGACCGCCCAGGCUGCGUGUGAGGACAUAUGCAAACUGUCAGGUAGUCUAAUGAUGAAAAAGAGUGUCUCUCAUCUGUUUCAGUGGAGCCACGGCGGUCCAUGUCAUGUGUAGCAGGCUUUCAGGGAUUCAGAUUAGCUCCAGACUGAUCGCACUCACAAACAGAUAGGGAGCGCGGGGCUGGUGGCAAUAAUCGUUACAAUACAGCCCAAACAAAAUCUGGAUUUAUUUCAUUUUCUCCGCUGCGUCUCAAUGUCAUAAUGGACAGGUUGCACUCCUCCAUGCGUAAAAGGCUCUACAGUUUGCCUCAGCACAUUGGACAGAAAGCAUCUAUAAUGGGCGAAGGAGAAGACGCAGACAAGGACACCCGGAGGAAGAGUAUUAGGAUGAAGCCUCUACCGUCGCCGUCGCCGACCUCUGGGGGAAGCUGCAAAGGCAUAGGGGAGACCAAAAGUGGGGAGUCUGUGAUCAUGGAGACGGACAUAGGGAGACCGAUGAAGACCAGCUCGAACGGAGAUUGCCGGAGGUUUCGAGGCAGCCUGUCGUCCAUCACAAGUCGGCAUGUGCACGACUCUGACUCGGCGGAGGAGAGGCGCCUCAUCACCGACGGGGAUGUCACCCCGAGCGAGGAGAGCCCCCCCGGAGCCAUCGGUGAUGGGCCGCCGGAUCAAGGCGCGCAGGGGGCCAGCGGUGGCGGCGGCGGCGGCGGCGGGAGCCAAAAAGAUUCCCCAGACCAGCAGUCAGGGUUUAUAAAGUUGGAUGGCAUUGACCAAAUUCUGCCGGACGACGAGAGAUUAUAUCAAGCUGGGUUCAUACACAGACAGUUUGGAGCGAUGCUUCAACCCGGGGUCAACAAGUUCUCCCUGAGGAUGUUUGGGAGUGAGAAGGCGGUGGAACGGGAGCAAGAGCGGGUUAAAUCCGCCGGAUUUUGGAUAAUUCACCCCUACAGUGAUUUCAGGUUUUACUGGGACUUGACCAUGCUGCUGCUGAUGGUGGGCAACCUCAUCAUCAUCCCCGUGGGCAUCACGUUCUUCAAGGACGAGCACACGCCCCCCUGGAUCGUGUUCAACGUGGUCUCCGACACCUUCUUCCUCAUGGACCUGGUCCUCAACUUUAGGACGGGCAUCGUCAAAGAGGACAACACAGAGAUCAUCCUGGACCCGCAACAGAUCAAGAUCAAGUACUUGCGGAGUUGGUUUGUGGUGGACUUCAUCUCCUCCAUCCCCGUGGACUACAUCUUCCUCAUCGUGGAGACGCGCAUCGACUCGGAUUUCUACAAGACGGCGCGCGCCUUGCGGAUUGUCCGCUUCACAAAAAUUCUAAGCUUGCUGCGACUGCUGCGCCUGUCGAGACUUAUUCGCUACAUCCACCAGUGGGAAGAGAUCUUCCACAUGACCUAUGACCUCGCCAGCGCCAUGGUGAGGAUAGUCAACCUGAUCGGCAUGAUGCUGCUGCUGUGUCACUGGGACGGCUGCCUGCAGUUCCUGGUGCCCAUGCUGCAGGACUUCCCCGCCGACUGCUGGGUGUCCAAAAAUAAGAUGGUGAAUGACACAUGGGGACAGCAGUACUCCUACGCACUUUUCAAAGCUAUGAGCCACAUGCUGUGUAUUGGGUAUGGCAUGUACCCCCCGGUGGGCAUGACAGACGUGUGGCUGACCAUCCUCAGCAUGAUUGUGGGCGCUACCUGCUACGCCAUGUUUGUGGGCCACGCCACCGCGCUAAUCCAAUCUCUAGACUCGUCUCGACGGCAGUACCAGGAGAAGUACAAACAGGUGGAGCAGUACAUGUCCUUCCACAAGCUGCCGGCAGAUAUGAGACAGAGAAUCCACGACUACUACGAGCACCGCUACCAGGGCAAGAUGUUUGACGAGGAGAGCAUCCUGGGAGAGCUCAACGAGCCGCUGCGUGAGGAAAUCAUCAACUUUAACUGUCGAAAGCUGGUGGCGUCCAUGCCUCUGUUUGCCAACGCCGACCCCAACUUCGUCACCUCUAUGCUCACCAAGCUGAGGUUCGAGGUGUUCCAGCCCGGGGAUUAUAUCAUCAGAGAGGGCACCAUCGGCAAAAAGAUGUACUUCAUACAGCACGGAGUUGUCAGCGUGUUGACCAAAGGCAAUAAAGAGACCAAGCUUUCAGAUGGCUCCUACUUUGGAGAGAUUUGUUUGCUGACGCGGGGCAGAAGGACAGCCAGUGUCCGAGCGGACACGUACUGUCGUCUGUACUCACUGUCUGUGGACAACUUCAAUGAGGUGCUGGAAGAGUAUCCUAUGAUGAGAAGGGCCUUUGAGACUGUUGCCCUGGACAGGCUGGAUCGCAUUGGCAAGAAAAACUCAAUCCUGCAGCACAAGGUACAACACGACCUCAGCUCUGGUGUACUUAACUACCAGGAGAAUGAGAUCAUCCAGCAGAUUGUGCAGCAUGACAGGGACAUGGCCCACUGUGCCCACCUCUUGCAGAAUGUCCCACCCCAGACACCUCCCUCACCUACCCCUGUCAUCUGGGCACCCCUCAUCCAGGCUCCUCUUCAAGCAGCAGCUGCCACCACCUCAGUAGCCAUUGCCUUGACACACCAUCCUCACCUUCCACCAACUCUCUUCAGGCCUCCAGUUUCUGUUUUGGGGUCCCUAAAAGACCCUUCUAGUCGGCUUAAGAAGUUCCACACAUUUGUUCCUCCAUCCACAGCACCGGGCUCUGCUGGGGACUCUCCGUCUAGUACACCCUCAAAACUGCGCAGUGGGGUGGACAUGCCAUUGCUGGCCUCUUUUCGGGCCCAGCACAUGACGUCAGUUACAGGGACAACCAGCUCUAACAAACAGGCCUUAGGUGGCGAAGGCCAACGUGGACCUAGUGGGGCAGCGUCUGGGUCCAGUGGAGGAGGGGCCACUGCCUUCCCAUUUGGACCAUUCUCUUCCUCUUGUUCACCCUCAUCUAGUAUGGCCCAGCUACACCCACAACCACAGCAUCAGCAACCCUUCCGCUCCAACACCCCACCUCUCUCGAACCUCUUCCACCAAGGAUCUACAAGUGGAAGCACAGGGUCAGGAAUAAGCGGUGGGGCCGUUGGAGCUUGUGGUGGUGCUACAGGUUGGUCUUCAGGUGGAGCCGUUGGAGGGUCUGUGGAAGGAGCCACUGGAGGUGAUAGUAAUUGGGCUGGAGAUGACUUUACAACUGGAAUGACAGAAUUGGCUCCUGGGGGCCACUUUGGGUUGGGAGGAGCUACUGGUGGAUCAGUAGGAGAGAUCUCAGGGGAUUCAAUGGCAGGAAUAUCUGAAGGGUCAUUGGGUGCUGCUAGUGGUAAGGUAGCAGGUGGGGCAUCAGGGGUAUCAGUGGGGGGCAUUGCAUGUGGGCCAAUGGGAGAUGCAUCCAGGAGAUCAUUGAGAGGGACUUCGAGAGGAUCACUGGGAAGAGCAUCUGGGGGAUCAGUGGGAGGGGCUUCUGGGGAAUCAAUAGUAGUGACGACUACUGGAGGAUCGUUAGGGAGGGCUUCUGGUGGAUCAAUGGGAGUGGUUUCUGGGGGAUUGACAAUAGGAGCCUCUGUCGGUCCAAUUGGUGGGACUUCUGGUGAUUCAAUGGCACUUAACCCUGGAGGAUCGUUGGGAAGGGCUUCUGUUGGAUCAACAACUAGCCAUAUAGGAGGAGGUUCGAAUGGGUCAGGGGGAGGGGUGAUUGGAGGAUAUAUUGGCAGAGCAGCAGCAGGGGCGGUAGGGAGCCAUACUGGAGGUUCAACAGCUUGUCCUGUAGGGGGGACUUCUGGUGGAAUUACAGCUGGACUUAUUGGUUCCUCCCGUUGUCAGAGUCCUAUAUCUACUGGUUCGUCCAGUCCUAUGCCUGUUCAGCUUUUCCAUAGCCAGCCAUCUCCCAAACCUCCUCAAGUGGCUCCUUUGCAGCAGUUUGCUGGAGGAGGCAGGACUACCAGUGGCUUAAACCUCUUCCCUUCCCCUCCACCAGGCUCCCCAUCGUCUAGUAGAAGACAGCACAGCCAGCAGCCUGCUGAGAGCUCCCCAUCUUCCCUUGGCCAUUUUAGCCUGGCAGGCCUCCAAUCUGGCUUCCUGCCUCAUCAGAUGUCCCUGGAGAGGUCUGCCCUGGCCUCCCUGGCCCAGUAUGGUUCAGCAAACGCAUCCCCCUGCCUUACCCCAGUGGCACCCAGCCCUACUAUUCAAAGCCCAGUGGCAGGCAGGACUUUUCACUACAGUGACCCCUCCAGUGCCACAGGAUCCCAUAGUUCUCUGCUCAUGCCUCAAUCUUCUAUACCUUCACAGCUUCCCAGCCAGCCAAACCCAACGGGGAGAGAUUCCCCACUGGGUCGCUUUUCUGAGGACUUAAAACUUUUAUCCAGCUCUCACCCAUCCCUGCCACAAGAGGUGGCCCAUGCCUUGGGCCACCAAACUCCUUGCGCUUCUGUGGAAACUGGAUAUUACCCCUCACCUUUUUCCUCACCCACUCUUGUGCCCAAACCCUGUAGCUCAGUGCCAGGGCGCAUGACUCCUCCAAUCCAGAUGUCUCCAGGGCACCCUCACCAGACUCAUUCCCCUGGGGCCUCCCUGGGCUCACCUCUACGGAGGGGCUCUGCUGCUUACUCUUCAGAUCUAGAACCUCAAACUGUCCGCUCUAAACUCCCUUCUAAUUUGUGAGGAUUGAUCACACCCUCCUGUGCUCCUCCAAACUGAAACACAGACAGACUAUCUCCAUAUGUGGCAUUGUUUUCUUUCUGUCUUCAGACUUCACUGUGUUCCACCUUUCAUUUUACCAAGAUCUUACAUUUACUGUGAUUUAAAAGACACUUUACCGGGUAACUCGGAGCUCUAGAAUACUCUAUAUUUGUUUUAUGCUUUGUCCUCUUUUUUAUUCAUACAUACUGUAUAUAGAUAGAGAUAUAUUUAAAUGCUAAGUUAGUCAAGGGACUAGGAGGGUGUGAAAAUUAUCUCCAUUUAAAGGACAGUCAUUUUCUUUAUUUCUAUAACUAUGCCAAAUUCAUCUGGUGAUGUUUGGGAAGACAACUCUUCGGACUACACAGUAAUACUCUUUUUCAGCAGGAACCUAUGCACUAAUACCUGCAUGUAUAAAGGCUUUUUGUGUGUUUAAAAAAAAAAUCUUCAUUUUUAGCUAAAUCAACAUGCUUUGAGACAGGCAGACUCUUGUACCAUCUCAUACAGGAUCACAUAUUGCUGAUCCUUAAAUGUAUCUAUUAGAUUGUACUUAUUUAUCCACUGUAUAAACUUUUCAAAACCUUAUGAGAGAUUGAGAAGAGAUUUUAGGAAACCAAAAAGACUUUUCCUGUGGGGUAAUAAUGAUUCACCUCCUCUUGGCCCGUCAAUCCUUAUUUUAUACCACUUUAUCCUAAAAAUACUGUUUUUUGAGGCAGGGGGAGAGGGGUCCAGCGAGCUACCCUCCAUCUCUAUAUUGAGAUAUAACAGUGUGUGAGCGACUGGCUGUCUGCAGAGUCCUCAACCAUGUCCUUACAAGCUCACUUUGUCUUCCAAGCUCAUGCCGCUUUUGUGUAGAAAGCAUGCGUUGUUCUUUCUUCCUGAGUGUGUGCAACUCUUAAUGUGUGAAUGUUGAAGAGGAUAAGCAUGUGAUUCAGUGGAACAGUCGGAUGCAAGGCAAGACUCUUCCCUGGACUGAUCAAUAAAAAAAACUAGGACUUCCAUUAUCCACAGCUUGUGUGUUGCAUUGUGUAGCACUCAGAUCAUUUUCAAGAAAAAUAGUCAUAGACACAAUAACCCCAAAAGCAAAUACAGUGAAUACAGUACGCAUGCUGAAUAAUCCAAAAAGUGCUGGAAAUGAACAUUUGCGACUCGAUUUGUGUAUUUCUUUUUUUCUGCUGUAGCUGCUAUAUGGUCAACAUAGAUUUGUGUCCUCAUUGAAGGCCAGUGAUGUGUUUGAGAUCUGAAUGUAUGUGUGUUUGUUGUUGCUAAAUGUAAGUACUGUAGCUAUGGUUGAUGCACCCAAGGCACAUUGCCCCAAGGGGGGUCUCAAGACUGUUCCAUAACUGCAAAGGUCAUUGGUUCAAUAUCUUUGGCGUUUUCAUCAGCAGCCAUUUUUCCUGCCCAAGUGUCCUUUUGCAAGACACAGAACCGAUACAGACAAAAUUGUUGCGAGGCAAUCUGGAUCAAUGACUCAGUAAGUUGCCUGAACCAGCCCACUCCUUACUAAACAUUCUCCACGAAGUAUUUAUGUACUGCUGCACUUCACAAUAACCAAAUUAAGAUUUUCAAAUGUACUAGACAUCAUUAAAAUAGAUUUAGCUGUCUGCAAUCAAAAUCAAACAAAUAAGAAUAGGUCUAUACUGUAUGUGUAUCCAUUCAAAUUCUGGUAACACUGUCAGAGAGCCAUACAGUGGUCAAGAAAACUGAAUACACCAUGGAGGACGGUAUCACUAAAGUCCCAGAGGAGAAGAGCAGUGAUAUGCUUCUACAUGUUUGUCCGUAGCUCAUCAGCAAGACAGACCCGGGUUCCACUCAGACAGCUGAGUCCCUAACUCAGUCACAGCACUCAGCCUCAGCAGCCUAAUUUAACAAGACAUGUCUGUAAUCCCUUGACCCUCGCAGGCUAUCAUGGACUCGCACACAGAGGUGCACAGUGACCAUGCUCUCCUCUCAUUACAGCUCCCAGAAGUCCCUAUAAUAAGGUAUAGCGACACACAUGACCUGACACGGAGCUGCACGAAUGCACAUUUACAGACAUGCACACAGCCACAACAGCACGUAAUGACUGCUCAUGGUAACUAUAAGAAAAUAUUCAGCAAUCAUGUUUUUUAUGCACAUUUUAUGUUGGCAAAUCUAUGACUGAUUUGAUUUUCCACUCUUGCAUUCAGAUCAGUUAUAUCCAAUUUAUAAAGCCAAUGGCUGAUUCUGGAUUUAAUAUGUGAAUUUUGGCAUGAACUAUACACCGAAGAAGAUUUAAUACCAAAUUUCAGUUUUGUUUUUGUUUUUCAUUCAUUUUAAAUAAACAUUGUAACUUGAAUUUUUAGAUCAGGUUUGGUGAGGUGCAUCUGACUUUCCAAGCCGCAAAUUCGACUUCAGGGGACUGUCCAGUUGAAAGUGCAGACUGAGAAUGUCCAACUUCCAACUUCUGAUUUCCAGUGGAAAGCAUCAAACAAUAUUUUGUUCUCAUAUUAGUUUUUACCGUAGUUCGAGUAGUAUUGACCUAUCACAUUUGAGCCGGCUUCCGUUGCUUGCGCGUAUCAUCGCAAACCAAUUUACAGUUUGAAUCCCUUUUUUAAGAAUAAUAUCAGUGUUCAUAUGCAGAUAUCCGUUUACAGAGAUUACCCAAAUGUGUCUCCAACUCCAUUUUCUCACCUCACGUUGCCAACCAGACGUUAUACAACAAGGGUGAAUGGGGAAGUCUUGACAUGGAUAUCAGUUGUCUUGAUAUCCCCUGGCUUCACUGGAAGUCCCAAAUUUUGUCCCCAGGUGCUGAAUAGUUGUCAGGUGAUAGCCGAUAGGACCAGAGAUUAGUGUUCAUUGUGUUGAUUGGUGAUGUAUUUCCUUAUCUUUGUUUAGUUUAUUAGUCAAAUCCAGGCUUCCCUUUGUGAUGUCAAGAUUGCUCCAAUACAGAACAAAUUCAAACAAUACAAUUCGACAAGAGUGAUAUGCAAAUAUUGGCAUAUAAAACCAACAGCUGAAUGCAAUACAUCCAGGCAUAAUCAAUGUCACCAGCAGUUACUAUGUUAAAAUUAAAAACGUCGGACCCAGAAUAGGAUGAGGCAGAAAGAGAAGUGAACACAGCAUGAACGCUCUGAUUAUUUGAGAUGUCAUUACGGAUUCACUCGUCAUUACAUAACAGAGGUGAAAUCAAUAAUGGGUCAUAGCUUUUAUCUGUAUACACAUGACCUUUUACAUAGUCUUCAUCGCACACUGAGUAGGCUUUGCUAAUGGAUAGAGCUAUGUUUUGUUUGCCUAUCCCACAUUUAACACCUUGUCUAUUUCUGCAGUAAACAGUCAUCUCAAAGGCAGUAAAACAUUAAAAUUGGCCUUACACCUAAUGGUCGGAUGUAUGUCAGUGGGAAUAUCUCAUAGAAGGACUCUUAAUACCAACAACCAGAGAGGCGAAGAGGUUAGUGGAAUGGAGUUAAACUGUUUCACCUCUGGAGUUGCAGCUGUCUAGGCUUUUAAACCUCGGUCUUCCUGUACAUGCUAGUCUUGCACUGCACAAAAGCAGACAGACUGCUGUGCCUCGCACAUCAGGAAAAAAGUCCCCCUUUUUCCCUCACAAUAUGAUCUUAUUAAAGCGUGGAGUCGGGGAACAAUUUGCAGCCGGUUGGCGAGACAAAGGUGGAAAUGUGAGGAAACAUUGAUGCACUGAGAGAUGAUGUAGCCGGAAUUAUAGACUAUAGUGUACUCGCGUGACAGAGUGCUGUUUCUCUGGGACUAGCAGCAUGUCACCCUCUUCCUCAUGGUUGUCCCUGAGUGGUAGUUGAUGAUUGUCAGUGCAGUAUUGAUUGGAAGGAUAUGAGGGAGAGCUGUGAGUGUAACUAUGUAGCUAGCAGAUAGUGUUUGGCUGUGUAUGUGUGUGACUAUGUUUCCCACACUUCUUGGCAAGGUCGAUGGCAGGGGCUGGACGCUAUCGGAGGAGGGUGGGACAGAGUGGCACAGGUCAUAGCUUAGGGAGAGACAGACAUUGGACGGGGAUUGAUUAGUUGGCCUGUACUAAGUCUGGUCCAUCAUCGCAGAUUAGUGGUUUAGGCGAGGGUUGGGUGGGCGCACAGGGUAUCAGCUGAAUCUGUCACUGUCAGUUAGAGAGCAGAUACAAUCUGUGUGAUGGUCAAAAUCUCUUGUCUGGGAGUUUUUAAUGCAAGAAAAAAGCCGUUUUUGAUUGUUGACCCUGCAGCUUUGAAUUUCAGUAGUGGAGUAUUUAGAAAAGCGGUUUCAUUUUCAUUUUCUCAAGUCACAGAAGACCAUGUAAUCCUACAAUCCAAGACAUGAAAAUAACAGAAAUUGGAGUAACAAGACUUUCACCUGACGGCAAUGUUUAUUCUUCAAGGGGAUUUGCUAUUUCCAUCCUCCCAGACUAUUUGCUGCAGCCUCAUCUGUAGCGUAAUGUAGUAUAUAGACAGUGUUUUUCAGAGGAAUCAGCUGGGAAUUAGAUAAGGAGGCUUUGAAACUUUGUGUCUUCUGAGAAAAAGCGAAUAAAGAAAAACAACUGUGACUCAUGCAGGGCACUAUUUUCAUUAUGUCUCCCCGUAUCACCCCACCAAACAUGGGAGGAAAACAGCUGUAUGCAAGAGGGGAAAUGAGGGGCCAGUCGAAGGAGUACAUCAGCUGCCGGGGGUUGUGUCCAUUGUGGUCAGUUAGGAAACCAGUACAGAGGAGAUAGUGGAAAAGCACCUGGUAUUUGUGUGUUGUGCUUCUGUUUCGUUUUAAUGUCAUGCAUUGGAAUGACUUGGUUGCUCUAUUUUAUCUGAAUCGAAUCUAGGUCAGGGGCUGCCGUGUCUUUACCAUGAAACCCGUGUUGCCCAGCUCUGACCCCUGGUAGAUGUGUUGUGAAGCAGCCAGCAGGUUUGUAAAAUUGCCUCAGCGCGACAGCCAUCACAGAGCUUUGGCGGGCACCUCAGUACCAUUUCCAAUUCAUGGUUGUUUCUAUAACGCAGCAUUCUCAGAUUUCUGUUUGGUGUGCUUCCAAUUUUCGCUGCCUAAUCUUAGCCUCCCUCUCCCUUUGUGCCGCCCUACUCGCCCAUGAAUAUGGGUUCGUGAAUCAGCGAUGCACACUAAUGAAAUCAUUUGCUGUGAUUGAGGAUUAGAUGUAGCAGCAGCGGAAUCGAACCUGCAAUUUCUCGGGGGAGAAAAAAAGGCACACGUGUGUGUGGUUUUCCCGAAAGCCCUCGUUUAUUCAUUCAUGACCACAAAUUCCUCUGUCCCCUUUCCGCAAACGCUCAAUUUAUUUUGCACACAAGCACCAGAAUCAGGUGUUCCGUAUGACAACGUACCUCAGAGUGAUUGGAUAUGAUAUGAAGAUUGCUAUGUGUGGUGAAAAGUUCUGUUUAUCGUAGCGUCUAAUACAACUGACCUCUUUUGCUGCUGCUCUAGUGAGAUGGAAUAACACGACAUUAAUGUUAUUUUGACCACGAAGUGGGCUGUUGGACAGUGUAACCUGGAUAUGACCCAGUUUAAGAAUGCCAUGCAACAGCGGGGUAAAUUCACUCCUCAGUCUGUGUCACCCAACAAUCCUUCAGGGUAACGGCACUGUAUGGCUAACUGGCAGGAUUCUCCCUCUUAGCUGUCGAUAUAGUCGUCACGUCGCUCAAAUUAGAUGCAUAGAUUUGGUUCUGAAUAUACACGGUCUCAUUUGUUCCUCUACUGGUUGCAGCUGAUCAUAAAAUCCUGAGUUGAAGCCAAAGGUGAGGCUGCUCUUCACUGGAUUAAAGUGUGUGUGUAUGUGUGUGUUCGUGUGUGUGGGAACAGUAAGGUCAUGUUCAUACUGCAUUUGGAGAGAUGAGGGUUUACAUAAAAAAAAAAA